GGAAGGAGGACUUGCAAGAGGAUGAAGAGCGCGUGUGCGUGCGAUUUGGAGUUUGCAACGAAGAAACGAAUGCAACCAGUGUUAUACGGUCUUUUGUCGAGAGCAAAUCGUGGAAGAAUAAAAAUCGGAGAGAAUAGUGAUAAUCAAUAUCAUAGAUCGUCUUGAUUUUAACGAUAAAAAAAUUUUCGUGAUUGCAAGAAUAUCUUCAGAGAAAAGUUUUACCAUUAGCAAACGAUGAUAUACCGAAGGGUUACAGCUAUCGGUGCGUCCUUGAUCCUAACUUUCUUCAUGCUCUUCUUAAUUAUGUAUUACUUCAAUCAAAAUAACUGUCCAAUCGGUACGUUUCCUUGUCUGAAUAGUACAAUUUGCAAACCACAAAGUAGUUGGUGUAACGGAGUAAAGGAUUGUCCGUAUGAAGACGAUGAAUCAGCUGAGUUGUGUAUCGAUUUAAACGGAGAUUGGAGCUGGUUUUCGAAACAGGAUAAACUUGGAAAGAAUCAGGAUAAAGAUUGUGAGAUCAUGAACGUUCCCAUAGGAUGUAUUUACAAUCAAUGUCAUGCGACUUGCAAAGGAUAUAAAGAAAUUCCACGGAAUUUGUCGUCGGGAAUCGAUCAAUUAAUUUUAACUAACAAUUCCAUAAGAAGUAUUCCAGCCAAUGCACUCACGAGAUAUACACAGUUACAUUUGUUGUAUCUUGAUAAUAAUGAUAUAAACGAAAUAGAGGAAGAAGCCUUUGUAAAUCAAGCAAAUUUAAUUUGGCUUAUCCUAUCGGACAAUAAAUUAAACGUUAUCGAAGUUGGCGAUUUCGCUGGUCUAAUUAAUUUGGAAACUCUCAAGGCCAAGGAUAAUCGAUUGGUGGCAGCUGAUUUAUCCGAUUUCGAAAAUAGUUCGGCUAUGGAUUUGAUAGACUUUCGUAAGAAUUUUUUAAACACAACCAACUUCGUGCUUCCACGAUUGCCGGUUUUAAGAGAAAUAAUGUUGAGUGAGAACCAUUUCGAGAGCAUCACAGCGGACAUGUUUAAGGGUGUGCCUGCUUUACAAUCGUUGAACUUGGAACGUAAUCACAUAAAGACCAUUGAUGAGAAUGCUUUUAAGAAUCUAAAACAACUUCUUGAGCUUAAAUUGGCACAUAAUCACAUCAUAUCUUUGCAUUUGAACGUAUUUAAAGCCACGAUAAAUCUCACGAAACUAUUGAUCGGUUAUAACCCAAUCGAGGAUUUUUCUAUGGAUGUGUUGAUUCCUUUAAUGAAUCUACGAUCACUCGGCGUCCAGGAGAUUAAUAUGGACAAUCUAGACAAGGACUCAUUCAACGUGUUUAACAAUUUGGACUUUAUAUACUUCAAAAAAUUUUAUUAUUGUAUGAUGUUUGCAUCGAAGGUACAAAAGUGUUCGCCAGCCAGCGACGGUCUUUCGUCGUUGUCGCACUUGCUAGGCACGUCUAUGUUGAAGGGUGCAGUCUGGGGAAUAUCUUGCGUAACUUUCAUAGGCAAUGCUCUUGUACUUUGGGAACGAUUCACUGCGAAGGAUGAAAAUCGUGUUUUGAGUAUCCUGAUUAGAAAUCUAGCCGUGUCCGACAUGCUGAUGGGCGUAUACUUGUUCAUAAUCGCUCUGGUAGACUUGCAGUUCCGUGAUAACUACAAUAAGGAAGCUAGCUCAUGGAUGUCCUCUUGGGUGUGCACAUUUCUCGGAGUUUUAGCGAUGAUCUCGUCAGAAGUAUCAGUGCUUAUCCUAUCGUUUAUGUCCGUUGAACGAUUCGUACUGAUUGCCGCACCGUUGAAAGGUCAUCAUGCUAUGAGGCCACUAACAGCAGCGGCAUCAAUGAUGUUUAUAUGGAUCACCGGUUUUAUACUCGCUGUUAUUCCAGUUAUUCUAUGGAGAAACAGCACUAGAUUUUACGGGGCAAAUGGUAUGUGUUUUCCUUUGCACAUAGACGAUCCUUACUCAAUCGGAUGGCAAUAUUCCGCAUUCAUAUUUUUAGGAGUUAACUUGUUGGGGCUGAUAACCAUCGGAUACGUUUAUGCUGGCAUGUUUGCAAGCAUUUGGAAAACUCGUCACGCAACCCCAUUAUCAGUUGGCGAUAUGGAAUUUGCUUUAAGAUUCUUCUUGAUCGUCUUAACGGACGCAACUUGUUGGGCACCGAUUAUCAUUCUGAAAAUCUUGGCCAUGAUGAAAUAUCCUGUACCAGCGGAACUUCACGCCUGGAUCGUCGUAUUUAUAAUUCCCGUAAACAGUGCUGUGAAUCCUCUCUUGUAUACUUUCACAACACCGAAAUUUCGUGAAAGAUUACUUUAUUUCAAUUGCUUGAAUAAAAUAAGAAAUUUCGUAUCGAGGAAACACUCGUCGCAAGGUUCGUACUCGAUUAGAAUUGAUCAGAUCAAAGUAACGAACAGUAACAUACAUAUAUCUCAUUUAAAUAGGAUAAGUAUACCUCAUUAAACUAUGAAAUUAUUUUCUAUAUAAUUAUUUUUAUUUCUUUCUUU